AUGUUAAAAAAUGUAACCGAGUUGUUGCAUCCUGGUUUGCUAACAAACGUUGCCCAACAACGAGAAAUAAUUGUUCAAUUUCAAUCACUUCCAAAACUACGUUUAAACAAAGAAACAGUGAAGAAAAAAGCAGCGAUUUUAAUUCCCCUCUGCCUUGUAGAUGAUAGAAUUAAUUUACUUUACACUCUCCGGUCUAGUAAAUUGCGAAGCCACCGAGCACAAGUUUCCUUUCCUGGUGGCAUUAUCGAUGUACAAGAUUCUAGCAGCGAAGACUGCGCGUUACGAGAAUUCGAGGAGGAAACAGGCUUAUCGAAGAAUUCCGUCAAUGUUUGGGGCCGUGGAAAUACCAUCAUUCCGUACUUUGGACCUUCUAUUACGCCGAUUGUAGGCAAUAUUAUAAAUUUCUCUAUGGACAAACUAAAUCCAAGUUGCGAUGAAGUUGCCAAAGUGUUUACAGUGCCUGUCGAGCUGCUUGCGUGUGCUGAGCAUAGAAAACAUACACAAUAUCGUGGCAAUUACUCCAUGCCCGUAUUCCAAAAUGGAGAUGAUACGGUAUGGGGAAUUACGGCAAUCAUUACUCAUUUGUUUCUUACAGCAAUAAUGCCGGGAGUUUAUAGUGCACGAUUACCAUUUAUAAAGAAAUACGAAGCUAAAAAGAAAUAG